GGAAUGUUUUCACCGUUGCACCCGUGAGCUGUCAAGUCAACAGAAGUAUCCCCGACCUCACCUGUGAGGUGUUCUCCGCGGGUCGGAAAGGAUGGCUCAGACGGACAGCAAGGUGCUGAUCCUGGGAGCUCUGGCCGGAGUGGCCGGCAUCGGCCUGGCUGUGGUGUGUUAUCGCAGCUUAAGGUCCAAGCGAAGAGCGUCCUGCCCCGGGUUCUUCCAAAACCGCGCCGAUGAACCGGGAUCGGCCCUCGCGGUGGUGGACGGUCCCGGACUCACCAGGGGUCAGGCGGAGGUGCUGGAGCGCCUGGAGGCCCUGAUCCAGUGUGUGUCCGAGCUGAAAGAAGAGAUGAAGGCGCUGAAGACCGCUCUGCCAGCGCCGCCGCACCCGGUCAGGGAGGAACGGGCCGGCGCUCAGCACAGGACCACCGUGACGAGGAGGAAACGGGCCGCCGCCAGCGCCACCCGGCGCGAGGGACAGAGCUCCGAGGACGCAGAGAGCGAGGGAGGGUACUUGACGGCGCUGACAGACACGGAGGAAGAAGAGGAAAGCGACGAAGAGCCAACUCAAGACAACUUAUUCGUCCUCCUCGAAAGAAUCGACCGCCUGCGUCAGGGCGACGAGUCGGACAAAAGGGAAAGCCUGAACAUCCUUUUGGAGCAAAGAGACGAGUUUGGACACAGCUCGGAGUUUCUUUGGCGGCUAACCCGAGCUUACUGUGACGUUCACGACGUCAGCGUCACUCUGGAGGAGAAGAAGGCCCAUGCUGAAAAUGGUAAACAAGUUGGCGAAGAGGCCAUAAACGUGAAUCCCAAGUGUGCUGAAAGUCAUCAGUGGUACGCCAUCAUGUGUGGAAUCCUGGCAGAAUACGACACGAUACAAAACAAGAUCAGGAACGGUUACGUCUUUAAGGAUCACCUGGACAAAGCCAUCGAGCUGAAGCCGCACGACCCCCUGUCCUACUACCUGCUGGGCCGCUGGUGCUACGCCGUUGCUCAGUUGUCCUGGAUUGAGAGAAAAGUAGCUGCAACACUAUUUGGAGAACCUCCAAGCGCCUCGAUUGAAGAUGCACUGAAGAAUUUCCUGAAGGUCGAAGAGAUUCAUCCUGCUUACUCAAAACUGAACUACGUGUUCCUGGCUAAGUGUUAUAAAGCUCUGGGUCAGACUGACACGGCCAGGAAGAUGUGUGAAGCAGCCUCUUCGAUGAGAACCGUCUCCAAAGAGGAUGAAGAAGCACAAAAGGAGCUGGAUUUACUCUUCCCGGCGCUCGGAGUGUGAAAAAUGUUGAAGAAUUGCUCUGAAGUUAAUCUCACACCUGCUAUGGGUGCUGCAGAUAUAUAUGUAGUCGGUGAAAAUAUCUGUGUGAUUCACUCUGUGAGUGUAAGCAUGAGAAUAUAAUCAUCAGUAAGAGCACAAGGCAACGUCCUUGUCCUUUUUUUUUCUACUUCUAGACUUUUGUUUUAAUAAAUUGAAAAAUUCUCGUUUCUAAUCAUGAAAAAAAACUCAUAUCAGUCAUGAAGCUCUGGUGUGAGAAGCUCUGGGGAACAUGCUUGAAAUCGGCUUCAGUUUCCACCUGUGCUGAGAGCAACGGGUCGUUUUUCAAAGUAACUCAUGGUGCAAAGCAGUCUGCGCUGUUUGAGCCAAAUUACACCGUUUACUGGCAGCGCUGCCCAGUGCCAACAAGGUUCUUCCCAGAAAACGGAAAUUAAUCUAAAAAGCUCCUGCUGGACUUUCUGCGGCGGACUAGAUUUGGCGUUAAUCCUUUCCCUGAACUGAAGGGUGAGCAGAAACCAAAUCCUCACCUAGCAGAUGUAUACACUGCAAAAACUGAACUAAAAAUAAGCAAAAUUUUCUUAAAAUUAGUGUAUCUGUCCUUGAUUUGAGCAGG